AGCGUCGCCAUGGCCGAGAGCGCUCCUGUUACCGCCGCCGAGACAGCGCCCGCAGCCCCGGCCAAGGCCCCCGCCGCCAAGAAGCCGAAGAAGGCGGCGAGCGGCUCCAAAACCCGCAAGCCCGCGGGGCCUAGCGUCACCGAGCUGAUCACCAAGGCCGUGUCCGCCUCCAAGGAGCGCAAGGGGCUCUCGCUCGCCGCGCUCAAGAAGGCGCUGGCCGCCGGCGGCUACGAUGUGGAGAAAAACAACAGCCGCAUCAAGCUGGGGCUCAAGAGCCUCGUCAGCAAGGGCACCCUGGUGCAGACCAAGGGCACCGGCGCCUCCGGCUCCUUCCGCCUCAACAAGAAGCCGGGAGAAGUGAAGGAAAAGGCUCCGAAAAAGAAAACUUCGGCAGCUAAGCCCAAGAAGCCGGCGGCUAAGAAGCCCAAGAAGGUGGUGACAGCAAAGAGCCCCAAGAAAGCCAAGAAGCCAGCAGCAAAAAAAGUAGCCAAGAGCCCCAAGAAGGUAACAAAGGCUGCCAAGCCCAAAAAAGCGGCGGCAGCAGCCAAGAGCCCGGCUAAGGCGAAAGCGGUGAAGCCCAAAGCAGCUAAGCCAAAAGCUGCAAAGGCAAAAGUCGCCAAGGCAAAGAAGGCAGCACCAAAGAAGUAAGCCCUUCGCUAGAGAAGGCUUGCUCCACAUAUAAACCCAACGGCUCUUUUAAGAGCCACCCACAUU